GAGUGAGGCCUGUGGGUCAGCUGACAGCAGUGAAACGUCAACAGUAGUGUUGUGAAGAUGGCAGGACACGAACACCACCACCACCACCUUUCCCUGUGCUUCUGUGACCUGAUGAGGUUGCUGUGGUCCCUGGUCGUGCCGUGCGCCUACCUCAGCCUGCUCCUGACCCUGGUCCUGCUGCUGCUCCUGCUGGGGCUCCGAGUGUGGCUGCAGGGCCGCCGCAAGGCCCGCCGGGCCCAGGACGGCGGCCCCGCGGUGGCUUUCUUCCACCCGUACUGCAGCGCCGGAGGAGGCGGGGAGCGGGUCCUGUGGUGCUCCCUGAGGGCCCUCAUGAACCGAUACCCGGGCGUCUCCUUCGUGGUCUACACGGGCGAUCAGGGAGUGACGGGUGAGCAGAUCCUGGAGGGAGCACGACAGCGUUUCAACAUCACGCUGCCUCGGCCGGUCACCUUCAUCUUCCUGCGCCACCGCGUCCUGGUGGAGGCCGCCUCUUACCCUCACUUCACCCUGCUGGGCCAGAGCGCCGGAUCCAUGUUCCUGGGCUGGGAGGCUCUGACGGCCUUUGUUCCCGACCUGUACGUGGACUCGAUGGGCUACGCCUUCACUCUGCCCGUCUUCCGCUACCUGGGAGGCUGUAAGGUGGCGAGCUACGUCCACUAUCCCACCGUCAGCACCGACAUGUUGUCUGCGGUCAGAGAGAGGAACCCCAGGUUCAACAACGCUGACUUCAUCUCCAGGAACCCAGUGCUGAGUGCAGUGAAGGUGGUGUACUACUGCUGCUUCGCCCUGCUGUACGGCCUAGCCGGCUCCUGCAGCGACGUCAUCAUGGUGAACUCCACCUGGACGCUGGGACACAUCCUGGCUCUGUGGCGCUCGCCGAGCCGCACCAGCAUCGUCUACCCGCCCUGCGACGUCAGGGCCUUCCUGGACGUCCCGCUGGAGGAGGAGGAAGAAGACGAGAUGGAGGAGGGCUGGGAGGAGCUCGGGCGGGAGCUGGGGAGUGGAGAGGAAGAGGAAGAAGGUGGAGGAGGAGGUGGGGACAGGAAGUGCCACUCCAUCGUGUCGGUGGCUCAGUUCAGACCGGAGAAGGACCACCGGCUGCAGAUCCGGGCGUUUCGCAAACUGUUGGACAGGAGAGGGGAGGGGCCCAGGGGGCGGGAGUCGCUGCGGCUGGUGCUGAUCGGCGGAUGCAGGAACCAGGAGGACGAGGAGAGGGUGCUGAUGCUGCGGGGGCUCUGUCAGGAGCUGGGCGUGUCGGACCGAGUCGACUUCAAACUGAACGUCCCGUUUGAGGAGCUGAAGAGAGAGCUGGUGGACGCCACCAUCGGUCUGCACACCAUGUGGAACGAACACUUUGGAAUUGGUGUGGUGGAGUGCAUGGCUGCAGGUACCAUCGUCCUCGCCCACAAGUCCGGAGGUCCGAAGCUGGACAUCGUGGUGCCGUACGAGGGCGGGCAGACGGGUUUCCUGGCCGACAGCGAGGACAGCUACGCCGCGGCCAUGGAAACCAUCCUGGCUCUGUCGCCGGCGGCCAGACUGGAGAUCCGACGGAACGCCCGACGCUCUGUGGAGCGGUUCUCCGACCAGGAGUUUGAGGCCUGUUUCCUCGCUGCCACGGAGUCUCUGAUGACUAAACUGGAGCGAUGAGGGAGAACAGACGAGUCAUAUCUGUGAUUAAAACAAGCCAAGCUUCCAACAUCAUCAGUAAAGUUUUGUGAGUCUCGUUCCCGAUGAAAAAUAAUAGAGGAAAUCCAGGAAAAACUGUCCUUUAAACAGCAAAAACACAACAAUACAGGACAGUUACAGUGACUUUGCAUGUGUCAAACUCAUGUGUGAGUGUGAAAGUCAGCAGGUUUUCACUUGGACAACAGGAGAACUAGAGACAAUCAAAAAGACAAAGACCAGAUGGAACUGGUAUCAGCAGGUCUGUGUUUCCUUCCACAGGGGUCAGACCUCCAGCUGAGAGCUCCACCAACAAGACGCCAUCAACAUCUGGACUGAUCAAUAUACAGAUCAUUAACGCUGUGUUGAGUUUAACAUCCAAGGCUCAGCUUUUCAUCCACCACCACUGAUGAGCUGUGUGGAGCAGAGCUGCACUGAUUAAUCAACUACAAGAAAAUUAAUAUGCAACUGAUGAAUCGUCAUUAAAGUCAAGCAAAGACAUCAGACGUUCGAUGGUUCCAGCCUUGGACAAAACCAGACAUACAGCCUGAGUGUGGAGUUAAUACUGAUGUGACUGAUUAUUUCCUGAUGACUGACUGCAUAGAUGUGAUGGGAUUAGAAACUGGUGUUUGUCUGUGUUGAAGAGUUGAGUGAAGACCUUUGUGUACAUUUAAGAAGCACUUAAAACCACAUUGCUGGGUGAAGGUAGAGGCCAAAUCUCUCUUAUUUAAAUGUUGUUUCACUUCCUGCAUUCCUGUUUGUGAUGAGGUCCAGGCAUGGAAAUAUAAUGAUGUGUAGAAGAAUCUUUAUUUUGAAGGAGGCGUUACUACUAUUUAAGUCUGUCUGUGUAUGAAGGGAUGUUCUGAGCUUGUUUCACUGAGAAAUUCUACUUAAUAAAUACAACACUUCAAAAUGAA